ACUCGUCUAUUCAUAACUUACCAUAUAAAGAGAGAUGGAAACAACAAAGAAAAUAAGUCUGAAGAGAAAGAGAGCAGAAACAAAAUCGAUAUCUUAGUUACCAAAAUAAGCGACCCCUUUUAGAAGAUUAUCACCAGCUUGCAAGAUUUCAUCAGAUAAACCAAGUUUCUUCAAAUGGGUUAUCCAAGUACUAUAGGAAGGUAUCAACUUGGUAGAACAAUUGGCGAAGGAACCUUUGCUAAGGUCAAGUUAGCUAUGAAUAUCGUUACUCGUCAAAACGUUGCGAUUAAAAUCAUUGACAAGAAGAUGGUUAUUGAAAAUCAAAUGAUGUACCAGAUUGAGAGAGAAAUAAGUGUAAUGAAGCUUCUGCAUCACCCUAACAUCGUUCGCAUUUACGAGGUCAUUGCUACAAAAACAAGGAUAUACAUUGUAAUGGAGUACAUUUCAGGUGGACAAGUUUCAAACAAGUUGGAUUACCUUGAAAGAUUAAGUGAAGGUGAAGCUAGAAAAUACUUCCAACAGUUAAUUGACGCUGUGGAAUAUUGCCACAGUAGAGGUGUUUAUCACAGAGAUCUGAAGCCUGAAAACCUACUACUGGAUAGCAGAGGUAAUCUGAAAGUGACUGACUUCGGGCUCGGCGUAUUUCAGAAGCAAGGAGACUUACUAUCAACAGCAUGCGGAUCUCCAAGUUAUGUAGCUCCAGAGGUAAUCAACCAUAAGAGCUACAAUGGAGCAUCUGCAGACAUUUGGUCUUGCGGAGUAAUCCUUUACGAACUACUGGCAGGCUAUCUACCCUUUGAAGAUCCUAACUUGAUAAACCUGUAUAAGAAGAUAUCCAAAGCAGAUUACAAAUUUCCAAAGUGGUUCACAGAGAGUCAGAAGAAACUAAUUUCAAAGAUACUCAAUCCAUUGCCGACGAAGAGGGUGACAGUAUCAGAGAUUCGUGAAGAUCAAUGGUUUCAAACUACUUAUGAGUGUGAUAUGGGAAUCAACUUCACCACGGGAUUAGCUAUGGAAACAGAGAAAACCAAAUCUCCUAGUUACAUAAAUGCUUUCCAACUGAUAGCAAUGUCUAACGAUCUCGACUUAUCAGGCCUAUUUGAAGAAAAGAUUGAAGACAAACAGAAAACAAGACUUGGUUCUACUUAUCCAUCUAAAGAAACUAUAGAUAGAAUCAAGGUUGCUGCAAGUAAUUCCAGUCUCUCAGUUGAAAGGUUAAAUAAUUUCAAGAUGAAGCUUCAUCAAAAAAAUAAUUCUGGCUGUAGCAGAUCACACUUCAACUUAUUAGCAGAGGUGAUUCAGGUGACACCCAAACAUUGUGUGGUAGAAAUAUCAAAAUCUGCUGGAGAACUAACAAUGUAUAAAAAGUUCUGUGAAAGCUUAUCAAGUUUGGUAAAGGAAGAAUGAAGUGCAUCAUUAAUGUCAUCAUGAGUUUGAUAUCACUGAAGUAAAAUUCUAGAAAAAACACUGAAUCAAGUUCCAUCAGCGAUCAGAAGAAUUACUUAACUCGUCGUUCACCAACUUACAAAACGAGUCGACCAUCCUUCUAGUUAACCACCGUCAAAAGAUACAAAGACUAACAGAGCAGUAAAACUUACAACAAAAGAGCAUGUAACAGAGUUCGGACGGCUACAUGUUUCUGUAUGUGGUACAGUUCAAAGCCUAUAUCCAUUUGUACGGUUCCUAGUGUGUGUGUGUGUGUGUGUGUGUGUGUGUGUGUUCAAUUGUGAGUGUGCCUGUCGGUUGCUACCCUUUUAUGAUGCUUCAACUUGUGCAUUUGAGUCAAGAGACUCAAGACUAGCACAGGCGAAAAUUGGAAUUAUAAGCACGAUCAAUGAAUUUAUUUAGAUAAGUAUGGUAUCCUCGUAGAGAAA